CUCAACUGCAAAAUAGGAAGAUGGAGUCUAUCAUUCAUAGCAAAGUCAUCAAGUUUUUUCUUUCAAUCUCUGUCUUUUGGAUCUUGUUCUCCCAUUCUUCUCUAAGCUCUUUCCUUGUUCAUUUCUCCAAUGCCUUGAUAUCAUCACCUUCUGUGAGACUGUUCAGCUACACUUUUGACAAGAUUUACAUGUUCCUGAUUUGCAAUGGACUGCUGGUGUUCAUUGUGAAGAACUCUGGUCUUAUUGGGACCUCUCCACAGGAGUCUAAUCUCAACAAUGAUGAAGAUCAUGUGAAGAUCAAUGGCGAAACUCGGGAAGGAGGAGUGGUCGAGUUGACAAAAACAAAGGCAGAAGAGGCCAAGGAAGUUCAAGUUGUCAAUGUAGAAAUUGAACAAGAAAAUGAAUUAGUCAUUGUAGAAAAUCAUAAUGAAAUUGAAGGAGAAGAAGGAGAAGGAGUUGGGUUUCUCAGUACGGAAGAGUUGAACAAGAGAUGUGAUGAGUUUAUAAGAAGGGUCAAAGCAGGAAUUAAACUUGAACUCCAACAAUCUAUGAUCAUGGUAUCAUGCCACUGA